GCAUCAUCACGUGACAGUCACGAAGCGUUUUGAGUUCGGCGUGGUUAGAAGGAAAGAAGAAACAUAUUUUCUAUGUAUAUUGAAGAUUUUUGUUGAUUUUUAUUGAAAUUUCUGCUGCUUUUCUUACAAGGCAGGCAUCGAUCUUAGCAAAAGACUCCAAGGAAAAUCUAGAGUCGUUCAAGUAAUGUACUUUUGUGUUAAUUUAUGAAAUAUUUUGCCGAAAAGCCAAGCUGCUCAAAACUCAGAAAGAAUACAAGUCAUACAAACUUGGUCGAAAUCUAUGAAUAUUUUGUUGUGAAUAGCUGUAUUUCGUAGAUAAAUAUGUUCGAGAUUAAUUCUUCACUCUAUUAUGCUGUUCUGUGAGUAGUUUUUGAGUAAAACAAGCGUUUUUUUCCCAGAUUUUAAGCUUUUAUACGUUGUUUCCAUGAAAUCGACUUCAUAUUUCAUAUAAAUGAAAUAUUUAAAAAGUGUACAUUUUAAUACACACUCAAAAUAGUGAAAAAUUUUGCACGCUCAACGCUUGAUUGCAAAUGAUAGUAAUGAACGUUAGUUAUAGAAUCGCAACAAACAGCCAGCAAAGCUAACUUGUUUAUUUUUGCGCCCUUUUAUAGCUGCUCAUUGCAAGCUCUUGGAUAGUGCUAGAAAGAAUAUUGCCUUUGAUAUCAACGCUAUAAGUGUGUGCGCCAACCAACAAGCGCAUCGCCGCAGAUCGCUGUGUAUGCCCAAGUAUAGUGCGCUGCGUAAAGAGCGCAUUUCAAGCAAAUCAGCUGCACGCAAGGUCACCGACGACGCUAAAAGCCGCAGGCAGACGACGCAGCGACAAGCGUAAGAAAUAGUUCAUAAUGUCAAUGGAAGGUGAGAACCCUGGCAUUAAAGAUCAGCAAAAUGACGAGCAAAUCUGUCGAGAUUUUCAGCGAGGCGUUUGCAGCCGCGGGGAUAAAUGCAAGUUUGCCCAUCCGUCCGGAAUGGGAAGCGAGCCCAAAGAGCAGCCGAUGAUAUGCCGUGAUUUCCAGAACGGCACAUGCCAUCGGAGCACGUGUAAAUACCUCCACGUGACGAACCAAGAGGAGAAAGAUUACUUACGCACCGGACAGCUUCCGGGUAACUCCCGUGGGGGGCGGGGGCGCGAUUCCAACAUGCAGGUCUGUAAAGAUUUCCUCAACAACAAGUGCAACCGCGGGGCAGGCUGCAAGUUCCGUCACGUUCCCGAGGAAACUAUGUACGGCAGUGGAGGGGGGUACUACGAUGAACCCCCGCGGAAACGACCUCGGGACGGCAUGGGUGACGAUUACCGGUACCUCAUGGAAGAGAAUGUCUCGCUGAGAAGAAAAGUCUCCGAGCUUCAAAAGGAUGUUGCAGAUCUUCGUGCCACGAAUGAUAUUCUCUUGGAGCAGAAUGCUCGGUACAGGCGAUCCGGGGGUAGCAGUUCCGCAUCGUACGGUGGGGGUUAUGCAACCGACUCCUACGGGAAUGCUGCAUCCAGCGUAAGUUACCCGUCCCGGGAUUCCUACACGGCUACUGGGAACUACAACUCCUACGCCACUCCAAAGCAGGCUGGGACAACCGGCUAUGAUGGUUAUACUGACUUUAAGUGAGAACACUUUGUGGACUUUUUAAUCUGGUUUUAAUGCUCUCUUUUCAUAUUGACAGUAUGCAUAGAAAACAGACUUAUUAACUUUCAGGCUGCUUUCUAGUUACGUCUUGUUAUUUGUAAACGCAUUGUUGGAAUUUGAGAAGAAAUGUAGUAUAUAUAUAUAUAUAUAUA